AUGGGUAGUAAGGAAAUUAUUGACGCAAGAGAGUAUGUGCUACAAUCUACUAGUCUACAAGGGGACUUUGGAACUAAACUAGCAUAUGUAAUAAAUGGGGGAAAGUUCUCCAUCAAAAGCAUGUAUCUAUCACUGAUUCCUCAACUACAGAAAGUCCCAUGGAAGAGCAUUACUUUACACCCGAACAUACACGCCAGACAUAAGUUUACUCUUUGGUUGGAAAUCUUGAGAAGGCUGGCAACAGUGGAGAGACUCCUCAAGUUUGGCAUCCAUGUCCCACCAACCUGUGCCUUCUGUGAUUCUGCAAUGGAAACCGCUGAUCACUUGUUCUUUAGGUGUCCUAUUACAAGUAGUUUUUGGCAAAGGCUGCUGAGAUGGUUGGGUUUCCACAGAGCUAUGGAGGAGUGGCAAGAUGAAGUGAAAUGGGUCUGCAGCAACGCCAAAAAGAAGUCUGGCAGUGGGGCAAUUAUCAGCUCUGUGUUUGCUAUGUGUGUUGCUAUCAUAUGGAGAGAGAGGAAUGGCAUUCGAUUCCAGAAGGGACAGUUUCAAUUGGAUAGAGUUUGCAGAGAGGUUGCAGUUCAUAUUCAUAUCCAGGGAAGGACACUCAAGAAGUGGCAUCAGCCACUGUUGACACUCAACACCAUGCCUUGA